CACUAUGCUAAUUAGUGCCCCCUCCGAGACCGGUGACAACUCUUAUGUCGUUCUUCCAUGCCAUCCGACUCCCGAAGAUCUCGGUCACCAAGAAGGUACGAAUCGAGAAGGGAGUAUUCUCCACCGAGGAAGGAAUCGGAGCUACGUGAUGACGUGGCCGAACUUUCGAAAGGCGUUGCAUCAAUCAAGGAGCACUUCGACGAGGUUCAAGCAAAGAAGGAGGAGCAAACUCGACACAAGUUGGAAAGGAAGAAGGAGAAGGAGGAGGAGAAGCGGAGAUUGGAGGAAGAAGAAGUUAGGAGAGCUCAAGAAGAGUUACGAUGUGAAGCAAACAUAUGCAAGAAGGAAAAAAAGGUGAAACAGGAGGCGGCGUUACGGGCUAAGAUGAAAAAGGACGUUACGGUACAUGCCGCAUUGAUGGUGAGCGAGAUUAAGGAUGAUUGGAUACACCAGUGGAAGACAUUGGUGUUGCCGACUCUGGAGGGAGGAUUCAGUGAUGCGAAAGGGAAGAACUUGAAGAAGGUGGAGUACGGGUCCGCGGAGGAGGAUAAUUCAGACUACAGUAGCGGGAACAAUGAGACUAGCGUCGCGUAGGAAUUGAGUGUUGAGACACGUCGUUUAUGUAUUAGCGAGAAGAGAAAACGAGGGGAGGAUGUUGUGUUGGAGAAUAGCCCUCCAAUGGAGCUACCACCUAAGAGAACCCCAAAAGGGGGGGGUAUCAAGGCGAACAAAGUUAAUCUUCACAU